UCGACUCUGGAGCUGCGGCAUCAGUCCUGAAAUCCCCACUGGGCUCCCUCUCAUCAUCCACUGUGCAGGUCCAGGGAGCUACUGGACGAAAACAGUCUGUACCCCUCACCACUUCUCGGGAAGUCCGGUUAGGGAAGGGCCUAGUCUCCCAUUCUUUUCUAGUAAUGACUGAUUGCCCUUACCCCUUGCUUGGCCGAGAUCUCCUACACAAGCUUCAGGCUAUCACUUCCUUUAAGGGACCUAACCCCACUCUCGGGUUUAACCUGCCACAGCUUGUUCUCACCUGCCCGUUGUCAGAGGAGUCUCGCCUCCUCCCCCUAACGUUUUCCCCAGACCGCCCCUCGACCACCUCCACCCCUACUUCCCUAACUCUGUUGAACCAUUUCAAAGGCUUGGUUCCUGGAGUCUGGGCUGAGACCAACCCGUUUGGUCUAGCAGGACACCAGCCCCCAGUGGUGGUCCAGCUCUUGUCCACAGCAACCCCUGCGCGUGUCCAACAAUACCCGUUGACUCGAGCUGCCCUUUUGGGCAUCAAGCCUCACAUUGAUCGACUCUUGGCGGCAGGCAUUCUACGACCCUGCCAGAGCUCGUGGAACACCCCCCUACUUCCAGUUCGCAAGCCCGGGUCUGGAGACUUCCGUCCUGUCCAGGAUCUGCGGGAAGUCAACGCCCGGGUGGAAACUGUACAUCCUACUGUGCCAAACCCGUACACGUUGCUGUCAUCCCUGGACCCUGCUCGGACUUGGUAUACUGUUUUGGACCUGAAGGAUGCUUUCUUUUCCAUUCCCUUGGCACCAGUAAGCCAACCUAUAUUCGCUUUUACUUGGACAGAUCCUAACACUGGGACAUCCUCUCAGCUCACCUGGACCCGGCUUCCCCAAGGUUUUAAGAACUCCCCUACACUUUUUGGCUCAGCUCUGGCCUCCGACCUGGCCGCCUUCCGGGUCUCGUAUCCGGAGGUCACUCUCCUCCAGUAUGUUGAUGACCUUUUGUUAGCUACUUCCUCUGAGGCAAUAUGCAAAGAUGCAACUCUCCACCUUCUCCAGCUGCUUGAAGCUUCCGACCGUAUCUCUGGAAAGAAAGCACAACUGUGCUCUCAAUCCGUUGUUUACUUGGGUUUCACCCUUCGUUCUGGUCAAAGGUUACUGUCUCGGGGGCGUGUAGCUGCCAUUUUGGGCAUGCCCGCCCCAAGGGACCGCCGCGGGCUCCGGGAAUUCCUGGGGAUGGCUGGAUACUGUCGCCUCUGGAUCUUGGGGUUUGCCGAGGUUGCCAAACCCCUAUAUGAGGCCCUAACUGGUGACCCCACCCAAUUUGUUUGGGGACCACGGCAGCAGGAAGCAUUCGACAAGCUCCGAAAGGCGCUGUCCAGCACGCCUGCCCUCUCCCUGCCAGACCUGUCCAAGCCCUUCCGCCUCUAUGUGUCUGAGUCUCGAGCUGUGGCCAAAGGGGUUCUGACCCAGCCCCUGGGGCCCUGGAAUCGUCCUGUUGCCUAUCUCUCCAAGCAGCUGGACCCUGUGGCUUCCGGGUGGCCCUCUUGCCUGCGAACUGUGGCGGCCGUUGCCGUCUUGGUUAGGGAAGCCGCAAAGCUCACUUUCGGGCAGCCUCUUGAGAUUUCAGCAUCACAUCAUCUGGAACAGCUUUUACAUUCCCCGCCGACAAGAUGGAUCUCAAAUUCACGCCUGACUCAUUACCAAUCCUUACUCCUAGAUUCCGCGCGCAUCUCUUUCGCUCCUCCGGUCACACUCAACCCGGCCACCCUGCUCCCUGACUCCCCUCCUUCCUCCCCUAUACAUGACUGCCUGGACACACUGGACUCCAUCCACACGUCCCGCCCUGGACUUACUGAUGUUCCUUUAACAAACCCAGACCUAGUGCUCUUCACGGACGACAGCAGUUUUGUUCAGGAGGGGAUCCGUAGGGCGGGUGCAGCCGUGGUCACUCCGGUUGAGACCCUCUGGGAGACCGCUCUACCCCCUGGCACAUCUGCUCAACGUGCUGAACUCAUUGCCUUAACUCAAGCCCUUAGACUCUCUGCAGGGAGGCGAGUAAAUAUUUACACAGAUAGCCACUAUGCCUUUGCCACUGUUCAUGUCCAUGGAUAUGUAUAUCUCCAACGGGGACUGUUGACCUCGGCGGGAAAGGAGAUUAGGAACAAGAGUCAGAUCCAGGAACUGCUGGAUGCUGUCUGGCUUCCCAAGGAGGUGGCGGUAAUUCAUGUUCCUGCUCACACCCGUAGAACUGACCCCCAGUCUCUAGGGAAUGCGGCAGCGGAUAGGGCUGCCCGAGCGGCUGCCUGCAAGCCCUUGAUACCCGCUAUGGUUGUGGAACCUGAGGGGAUGCUGCCUGUCCAACCAUCUUAUCAAUCCAGUGAUCCGGAUGGCACCCCUGAAAAGGGGGGAUGGAGAAGACACCCAAAUGGCUUGCUAAUUCUGCCCAAGGCACUGUUGCUACCCCUAUUGAUGACUCUUCAUAGCCUUACCCACUUAGGCGGAACCCGGCUUUAUGACCUGGUGAGCCGACACUUCUACAGCCCUGGGAUGAAGCAGGCGGCCGAGGAAGCCACAAGAAGAUGCCUUGCAUGUGCCAAAGUCAACCCACGAUCACAAUCAAGGAUACCGACUGAUAGACCACGAGGAACAUUUCCUGGCGACCAUUGGGAAGUAGACUUUACUGACAUGGGAACUGGGUUGGGAGGGUACCGUUUUCUCCUUGUAUUCGUGGACACAUUUUCUGGAUGGCCGGAAGCAUUUCCAGUCAAAACUGAAACUGCAAUCGUAGUGGCCAAAAAGCUGUUCUUUGAACUUAUUCCUAGAUUUGGCCUGCCGGCCUCGAUAGGCUCUGACAACGGCCCAGCAUUUGUAUCUGCAACAAUUCAAAGCCUAUCAAAGAUGCUGGGAUUGAAAUGGAAAUUGCACUGUGCAUAUAGGCCUCAAAGUUCAGGGCAGGUAGAGAGGAUGAAUAGAACUCUAAAGGAACACAUUGCUAAACUUAAAAUAGAAACUGGUGAUAGCUGGGUCAGUCUCCUUCCCUUCGCCCUCCUCUGGGCCCGGUGUACUCCCAAUUCCUCAACCCUCUCUUUAUCUCCAUACGAGAUCCUCUAUGGAGCCCCUCCCCCUAUUAUUCCAAGAGUAUCUGCAGCUAUUCCAGCCCCAGAUUUCACUAAUCCGACUCUUCUUAAGUCCUUCCAGGCUUUGCGUGAGGUCCAGAAUGCUGUGCGCUCAGUCCUAAAAGCUGCGGGGAAAGAACCAGACCCUGCAACUUCAUCGGACGCCCUGACACCGGGAGACUGGGUCCUCACUCGCAAGCUUCCAGCUGGACCAGCCCUGGAACCACGGUGGACGGGCCCGUAUCAAAUUAUCCUCUGCAACCCCUCUGCCAUCAAGGUUGCCGGCCGCAAGGCAUGGAUACAUCGGUCACACAUCAAGAAGGCCCCAGAGCCCAACUCCACCGCCUGGACAGCAGAAGCAGUGUCCGACCUAAAGCUUCGACUCUCCAGAACUUGACUCUUCUUCU